AUGUGGGAUGAAACCAACUACAACAACAAAGCACCAACACUAGGCCUAAACAAAGUCUCUGCUGCCUCUUCUUCCCACCGACCCAAAACCAUGGAAGAAGUGUGGAACGACAUUAACCUUGCUUCUUUACACGACCACUCUUCCAGGGAAGCCUUCUUGGUUAACUCCAAUCCUCGCAUUGUCCUCCAGGAUUUUCUCGCCAGGCCUCCUACCAAUGAGGUUCGUCCCACUAAUAGGACGGCCAACACCAUGCUGUAUGGUUCUCUUCGGCCACCUCCCGCCACUGUUUUGAGCCUGAAUUCGGGUCCAGGCUUUGAUUUCCUCGAUAACGUGGAUCCUCUCAGGUCCAGCUCGAGUUUGCAAAGCAGCCCCAUCUCGACUGUCCACACUUUCAAUUGUCCGUUCGAGGCUUUGUCUCCUUCUUCUAGCUUGGCCUCCUUUGGUAAGAAAAGGGUCCAGGAAGCUGAUAACAGUAAUGGUGAUCGACGGCACAAGCGGAUGAUCAAGAACCGAGAGUCCGCUGCACGAUCAAGAGCUAGGAAACAGGUUUUCAUUACCUCAAAACACUCAAAGAUUUUCCACUAUAUAUAUAUGCAGCACCCUUUAAAUUCCUUAUUUUUUUUUCUUGCAGGCUUACACAACUGA